AUGAAGGGAUUUGGUAGNAAGACAGACAACGAAGCAAGUGAAGUACCUUUAGCGGCAAAAAGCACGCCCAAAGAUGCGUUAGUUAUGGCAGCUAUUUUGAAAGAAAUGGGAAUCAGUGAAUAUGAUCCAAGAGUUAUCAAUCAGAUGCUAGAAUACACCUAUCGUGAGUUUUAAAAUCCAAUAAUUCGGUGUCGACAUCUUUAUCUCCCCUUCAGCAACUUGAGCGAAAUAUUACGGACGGAUAUGAAGGGAUUUGGUAGAGCUGCAAAGUUUAAGUCGCAUUUGAUUUUUGUGUGUGUGUGCAUGUGUGUAAACAUCUACUUUUUAUUUUAGGGAAAACUUGUUUAAACAUUGAACAUCUGUGGUAUUAACGCAAACGUUUUCAGGUUGUUAAUUUUUAUUCGAUUGUACAAAAACACGGGAUCUUCAGCUCAUAAACCUUGUCCUUUCCGUAGUCCUUAUGUACAGUACUGUAGAUUUCAAUGAACAAAAUCCUAUAGUGGGGCCAUUCAGCUUUUUUACUUAAAAAAUUAAUAAUUUCUCUGAGAUUUUCAUGGGAAAUGUAUUCCAGUGCUGUUAAGGAAAGAAAAAAAAGGAUAAUCAAAUUUCACUCAGAUGGAAUCCAUUUUUUAUUUAGGAAGUACAAGGAUGUGCUCGGCAUUAUUGAGCAGGCUAUGAUCUGAUUGGUAGAAAACAACAAAAGCAAACCUGUGUGUCCAGUUCGUCAGACCGGGGGAGGACUGUGGGUUCAUUUCCCGAACAGCGGCUGGUACUAUCAAGCAUUGCUGGCUAGUCAGUCCGGUCAUAUAGAGAAUUGCACUGUCAAUCAGAACUGUCAAGCCAGAUCAGUUUAUUCAUACUGUGUGGCAAAAAAUUUUUGCAGAUUAGUAAUUUGUUCUGUUUUGCGGGAAAUAUUUUUUGCAAUUUAGGGCAGAUUGGUUUGUCUCGCUGGGAAUCAAUGUUUGCGAUUUUGAUAAUGUCUUCGUAUUUAAUGCAUAUUUUGAAAGUGUAUCCUAUGUAAAACCAGUCAAACAGAUUGCUUGUCUUUUCCAUUGGAUUACAAACACAAACAGACAUGAUUUUUUUACAUGUAUUUUUGAGUAGCGAAUUCUGGUUAGCACCUGGAAAUUUCCUUGUCCACCAAAGGCAAAAAAAUAGUCACAAGGGUCCAUCAGGAUGUGGUAGAUAAAAGCAAACUGUUUUUACUUCAGGUUACAUAACAACAGUUUUGGAGGAUGCUCUUGUUUACUGCAAACAUGCUGGUAAAAAAGAACUUGAUGCAGAUGAUGUUCAGCUGGCCAUUCAGUCAAGACUUGACCACUCUUAUACAAACCCACCACCCAGAGAGGUAAGUAAGCUUUUUAUACAGUCUUACUGUGACACUCAGAUAACAGUUAACACCUUUAAUAUUUCCAUCAGAAUGUUAUUGUUUUUCAAGGAAAAGGCCAUUAGAUGCGAGACUAACUAUUUUAGGCCUCACAGCGAUGAACAGCUACCAAUAAACCAGGGUGUUUAUUAGGCAUCGGAGAUCGGAGAAUUCACCAUUUACUAUGCAGAAUUCUCCUGUUAAUGUUCGGUAGCCUUUGACUAUUUUUAGUCAGACGUGGAGCCUCUUUCGAAAUAUUUUUUUUUUAACAUUACACCUUUCUCCUGCUAUUAGAAUUCUUAAUGAAUCCCUGAUAAACAAUAAUAUUGUUUACAGUCUGUCCCCUUUAAAAUAUUACAGAGAUAAAAUGCCUUCUGAUUAGAAUUACUCUUGUGGUAAAUGGUUUAGAGGAAGCCUAAAACUUUUGCUUAAACCAUCUGUUAUAUUGUUGCAGUUUCUCAUUGAGAUUGCUCGUCAGAAGAACCGUCACCCUUUGCCCCAGAUCCAGGCAAAGAGUGGCUUGAGGCUUCCCCCUGAUCGAUACUGUCUGACCUCUACAAAUUACAAGGUCAAGGCACAGAAAAAGGUAUUGUUGACAUAAAAAAUAGAAUACAGUCAAACCUCUUUAAUACCAACACCAAAGGGACAGAACUAAGUAGUGUCUGCUUUACAGAGGUGUCUGUAUUAUAGAGGUAGGGAUAACAUUCUGGGACCAAACGAACUGUUCAUAAUAGAGAGGUGUCAGUAUUAUAGGUGUCCAUAAGGAGAGGUUAGACUGUAUUUAUUAUUGAAGUUGGGUGCUUGGAUAAACUGCUGGUCUGGGUUUUUCAAAGCAGGGUUAAGAUAACCCAAGGUUAGUGUGAAAUUUGAAUUCAGAGAUAAAACCAAAAAAGCAAAUUCAGUUUAAUUCUUUGGUCUGCAGUUUGAUGAUUGGAUGCUUUUAAAAUAAUAGGAAAAAUUAUCUGAGAAAAUGCUUUUGAACAAAAGAAAAAGAUUUUGGGAUUAAAAUUUAACCCUGGGUUAGCACUAAUUGGCCUUCAAACAACUAGGUCCUGGUUUCUCUUUCAUAUUAAUUUUUUUUGAAAAAAAUAUUUCGCGUUAAUUUUCCUCGUGCUCCUUUCAUUAAUAUAGAUAUACCAUAUAAGUUGUAGUUAAUUUUUUAUCCUAGGUAAUUUUUGUUUUUCUUUUGUUUUUGGGUAUGGUAAUGUAUGCUAGUGAAGUUGAAACAAAGGAAAAACAAAAAUUACCUGGGAUAAAAAAUUAACUACAACAUAUAUUUGAUCAAAGAUGCUGUUUGAGGAUGUUGAUUGAAAAAUGCUUUCUACCUAGCAAUUUGUUGCACAACAUACCAUGACAAUAAGUAGAGUACUCACAUGUUGGACAAAACUGUUCAAACAAUAAUUUGUCAUUAAAAUAUCUUUAUGUGUCUCUAUGUUGUUUACAGCAUGCUCAAGUUCGUGCCAACCCUGUUGUUGCACGCACCAUUUCCCAGUCGUCAGUUUCAACUCCAAUUAAACCCAGCCCUGCAGUCACUGUUAAAAUGCCAGCAGUUACCCCAGUGUCAGCUCCAAUAGGAGCUUCAACAACUAUCACAACAGCCAAUACUUUGACUCCUGGAAGUGUCAGUAAAAUUACUGUGAAGCAGGAACCAACUGCCAGUGCAGGCACUCACACUGUUCAGAAAACAGGGGUGGCAAAUGCAGGGAUUGCAGUAUCACAGGUGGGUACCCUAUGCAAAGAGGCACAGGAAACUCAAAUCUUAAAUGUAUCCUUAGAAGUUUUAGGUAAACGUCUCCAUUUGUGAUCCAAAAUUGGGAAUUGAACUUACCCCUUAGGUAAAUUAGUACUUUCAUUAUAUUGAUCGAUAUUGAGUGCUAGUAUAAAAAGCAUAACAGAGAGAACUGUAUCAUAAAGCCUUUUGUUAUUGGGCCAUCAUAGUUUAAUAAAAAAAACGCAAACAGCGGUGAUAAUCGUGAACUUUUGCAUUUUUAUAUAAACUUUAAGUGAUCUAAACUGAAACAGUCACUUUAGAUUACUUUCAAAAAUGUAUGUUGCCUAGCAUAUGAAUCGUCAAGUUUAUGUAGAAAUGCAAAAGUUAUCAAUGUUUAUCACCACUGCAUGUGUUUUAUUUUUGAUUAUCACUUAGAGAAGUUGUCAUGGAUUUAACAAAGUGGCCUUACAGGUGCUUUUUUAGCAGAUAAGCUUUGUAACUGCUAUUAUUAUUAUUAUUAUUAUUAUUAUUAUUAUUAUUAUUAUUAUUAUUAUUAUUAUUAUUAUUUUAUGUGGCAGGUAAAAACUGAACCUGGAAAAACUGCUAUGACAAGCACAACUAAAACAGGUGUACCAACAACAGCAUCUCAGGCCACAGUCAUCCCAGCUUCUAUGCUGACUGUGUCAGCUCUUCCAAGCAUGGAUGAAACAAUGGCAAGUACUCAGCAACCACUGAUCACUCCAAUGAAACGAAAACAUGAGGAUGAAGAUGACGACUAUGACUCCUAGCCCUUAGGAUGAUCUUUAUUAACUAUUAAGUUUAAUUUGUAAACAAAUUUACAUACAUGUACAAAGUAUACAUGCCAAAACUACCAUGUUUAGUUGAAAGAGCACUGCCUCUGUAUAAGCGCUGCAUUUAGGAGCAAAAAAAAGUGUGUUAAGUCCAGCAACAAUUUUGGUGUGUAUUGUUGCUUUUUUGUUUGACAUUGUUGAUGUUGGAUGGAUACUACUGCAUUGUUGAUAUUAUUUCAAUCUGGAAGGGCACUUACAGAAUUUGUAAAUGUUUCAAGUAACUAUUACAUUCUUCUUAUGGGGCCCUGUUAGGGUAAGAUUCCAACAAGCAACAUGGCCUUGAAAUAUCAACAUAAGAGAGCUAAAAUGGCAACAAGUGAUGCAAAGAUGGGUCAUAACUGAGAGACAACAAAGAAAAGGGAAAAUAAAAUAGUAAAAUAUCAGCAAGUACGUUGCCUCCUCCUCAGUAUGAGAAACGAUAGGUUUUGAAAUUUAGACUAGGGACAUAAGUACCACAUAAGUACCCCCCCCCCCCGAAAGGGGCCUCCCUCAUGCUAUAACUGUUGCUUCUGAACAGACUGAAGUUAAAGAAAACAUAAUUUUUCUUUUCGUUCGGUUUGUUCAGAAACAAUGUAAUGUAGAACUGUUCUUCAGAAAUAGGAAGCUUAAUGGAAGUGUAUCUCCAAACAAUUGAUGCCCUCAAAUCAGCACUGCACUAAGGGCCUGUUUACAUGGAGGUGGGGUACCCCAGAUAGGUGAGGUAACCCGCUUAGGUGGGGUACAACGCCUGUCCAUGUAAUCUCUCAUUUUAAUGUGAUCACGUUUACAUGUUAGGUGGG